GUUCAGAGCCCUCUAUUUUCUCGUAUGUUUAUUCGAUCGUUGAACGUGCAGACAGAAUCAUGAGAAAACUGGAUACCAGUGCAAAACAGAAGACUUGACUGGGUAGGUGGUCAGGACCAAGAUAAAUACAGGGGCUGUCGACAUCUUUGGAAAAAAGUGAAUUCCCCAUUUUUCUCCAGGAAUGAAAAUUCCCAUCAGUUGAAAGGCGACAAAACUGUCAUCACCUUGACAAUGGCCAAUCAUGAUUGCAUCCAGGUGCUGUUGCGGCUUGCAGCAAUUGUUCUCACUGGCACAUGCUGUGAUUCGUAAUAGAGCGGUUGUUUUUAAAAAUAGAAUCCUGCUAAGAGAAAUUUCAAUGUUUCUUUGCUCAAAGAUGAACAGGAAGAGGCUGCUGUUGAUCUUCUUUGGUCGGAAGAUGUUGUUGUAAUUUUGCCGACCGGUUUUGAGGGAAGUCUGACAUAUCAACUCUACGCAACAGCAAGAGAAAUGUAAAUGGUGUGCAUGUUGUUGUUGUCAUUGUUUUGCAACUCAGAAGCAUCAUGAAAGAACAAAUAAAACAACUUAGGAUUCCUUCCAUCGUUUUGUCAACAUCGUUUUGUCAUCGUUUUGACGACAUGCUUCAUCAGAUUGGAGAAGCAAAAUACAAGCUUGUUUUCGGGACGACAGCCAAAGACAUUUUGGAUGUAAAGUUCCAAAACAUGAUAUAGAAUGAAGAUUCUCCACUAAACAAUUGUGUCAUGUUCAUUGUAGCUGAAGAGUACCACACUGUGUAACACCUUCGGAAUAAAUUCUACGCAAAUAUGUAAGAUGUCUUGCCAAGAUUCCCAAGCAAAUAGCAAGAGAACAAACACAUAUCCUACAAAAAUCAGAAGGACCGCUUGAUCUCUGCUUUCUCCCCUUUUAUCAGCUUUUUGAUGGAGUUGAAGAAGUCGUCUGGGACGACAUUCUCAACACCUGAAUGCAUGUAUGUGUUGUUGUUUGCAAACUGAUACUUAAUCAAAUUAAACAAGCAAUUUACUGCUCAAAUUUUAUUGGUCCAAUUUGAUUAAUUGGUCAAGGGGCAGAGCUGUUAAUAACAGGGUGAUAACAGGAUGAGGAAUCUAAUAAGUCCACUUUUUUCCAAAGAUGUCUACUGUCUCGCUAUUCUUCUUGCUCGCUUCGCUCGCAAACCCCACCCCCCACCCCCACGUACUUCAUGCUUGUUUCGCUUGCUUUUUCUUUUGCGUGCGUAAAUAGAGAGGCUGUGAACAGUGUAUUAUUUAUUUGCUAAGCAAAAAAUGUCAAUCGCGUAUUAAGAAACUAAAUACCCUUUGUCGCAGCCAGACAAUUGAGUUGAUGUUUUUGUUAAAAUUUAUUGACGUUUCUGUUAGUGUUUAUACUUAGCAAAAAUUAGUCCUGCUCUGAGGUGGUACGAUGGUACUUGUGAAUCAUAGCAAGGGUUGACAAAUUUGGUGAAACAAAAAGUUGCAUCCCUAUAAGGUUGAAUAGAACUGAUAGUAGAACUGAUAACAGAUAGUUUUGCAAAAAUUAUAAACAAAAAUGUGUCCAAUGCAGCUGGGCCCUAUCUUGUAGUUUUGACCAAGGAAUAAUGUUAUCAAGCUGUUUAUUAUAAAUACUGACAAAUUAAGAUGCUGGAAUGAAUAAAAUGAAUAAGAUUCAACAGGGUUUAAAGAUUUGUAAACAAAAUUCUUAUUAACUUUCUUAUUGAUAGCUAUUGGUCAGAUAAUGCUGUACGUUGAUGGAAUGAAUGGAGUUAUCAACCACAGCGACACAAUCCAAUGGUUAUAUUCACUCACAGCUUCCAGGUUCCGUCUUGUAGGGAAGACUGCACUUAAACUGCUGCUUGUGUUUGUGGAGUACACAGAAUCAAACUCCAGGGUGCUGUAUGAUGCCAUUCAAACAGUGGAUAGCAAUCAAGGUGUCAGGGAAUGGGCUGAAGUCAUAGGAAUUAUGACAGAUAAAGAAACCCAAGCAGAUGAAGAGGUUCUUAUUUAUGCCAUGACACUCAUUAAUAAGGUUUUGUAUGCCACACCAAACCAAGAUGGGUUUUAUGACAUAACUGAUGCACUAGAAGAACAAGGCAUGGAACAAAUUAUAAAGGUAAGAAGUCAAGUAUCACAAUUGAUAUAUCAUACAGCUGCAUUCCACUCAGUAGUGUUUAAUCUGUUGAGAACUAAAUAUCUACAUCUGCAAUGUAUUUUUUAGACGGCGCUCCGAAUUGAAGAUGGCGACGAAGAAUUCCCGGCAUUUGGAACCUCUCCAUCGAUAAGACAACGAAAAAGAACAACAUCUCAUGCCACAGGUGACAGAAGACGCAGUCGGAGACACAACUCUGUCAGCCAAAUUGAUGUGUCAUCCGUCACAAAGGGUAGCCUCUUGGCACCUCCAGGGGCAAAACUCAGAGAGGGCUCUAUACACAAAGUCGCUAGUGCACCUAAUGUAGGAACAGCUGUGAAAGUGGAGCCUCCAGCCUCGCCUGUCAAAACAUCUGCUAGUACAACGCCAUCAUCAUCAACAGAGUCUGAACUGGACGAGAAAACCAGAAAUCGGCUGGCGAGAAAGGAGCGCCGUGCAGCCAGACGAGCUGCUCUUGGUAUAGCCGAGCCAGAGCAGGAAGAACCUCCAGCCCCCACUAGAACCGAGAGAAGCAGGCAAAGAGCUGACAGUAAAAACAACUCGAUUGACAGGAGUAACUUAGAAGUGUCUUCACCUACUAACGGCAGACAACGAUCACCUCGCUCAUCCCCACGCCCCUCCCCCAGGAGUUCACCCACCCUACCCCGGAGGAGAUUCAAGUUUGACGAGCCACAAGCCGAGGAGCAAACCAGCCACAAGUCAAGAGGAAAUAGAGAAGAAAAAUCGCGAGCACAUGAAGAUUCUGGGAGACAACCAAAAGCUGAGGCGUCUAGUAAAAAAACUGAUACUCCAGAGCAAAGGGAAGAAAAAUCUACACCACGCAGGAAAGACAUGAAUGUUUCAGCUGUGAUUAGGAAAAAAACUGCAGAGGUAAAGAGGGCAGAUAGUGAACCCUUAGUCAAUAAUGUUGAUCACAAUGGAUCUUCAGAUCAGAGAACUAGUGACGAGAGUGAAGACACUGACGAUAAACUUGGCUCCAGUAAUGAUGAUUUAAACAACGACAACGCCAAAAAUGAACGAAUUUCAGAGGAUCAUAUUAAGGUUCCUAGUCCGUCAGACAGACGGGCUGGCUCGAGUAGCCCUGCCAAUGACGCCCGUCGAUCGAGUGUCGCAGAGCCUGAAAAGCGCUCCAGUAUUUGCGAAGGUUUUCCAGGCUUCCCGAACAAGAAAAUGAUGUUGUCUAUGUUAUACGGACAACAGAGGUCCACAGACGACAUGGAUCGGAAAGGUUUGGAGGGAAAUGUACCUUUAGGGGGUGAUUCUGUUCAUGAAAGAAAACAGCAGUUGCUGUCGGGAGGAGACAAUGAUGAAGGCACUCAGAGGCAAAAUGAUAUGCUGGCAGUUGAUAAUUUAGUUUCUGAGGCUGUGAAAAGAUUGAGUGGGUGUAUUGAAGUCGACGAGGAGAACGAAACACCGUCUUCUGUACCUGAAGGUGAAUUUGAAGGCUUGCUAGAGAAGGCGAAAUCCAGUCUUAUGAAGCAACCGUCAGUGGAGGUACCCGACCCUGCUGCUGAGGAAGAGGCUAGAAAACAGGAGGAGCUUCGGAAGAAGCAAGAGGAGGAACGAAAACGACAAGAGGAGGAAGCAGCUAGGAAGGCGGCGGAGGAAGCCGCCCUUCAAAAAGAACUCGAAUGGGAGAAAAUGAUCAUACUUAAACGCAAACUUAUUGUGAAAGACUUUAAUUUCACUGAAUUAGAAGACGAUGAAGAUGAACUUCUUGAUUCCAGAUCAUCUGCUGCAGAUGAAACAGAUGCACAUCCUCAUGGGGGCGUGCCCAUGUUUGGAAUCCCAGUACCCCCUCCCCCCUUUCCUGGGGGGCCUCCACCUCCUCCUCCACCCCCUGGUGGUCCUCCUGGUGGUGUUCCCCCUCCCCCUCCCCCGGGACCGCCAAAGGCGCCUUCGUUGAAUGACGCUAAUCCAAAGAAAAAGCUGGUGCGGUUGUUCUGGCAAGAGGUUAAGAACUCGCCUCUUAUAAAUGGUGUGAACAAGACAAUUUGGGGAAGUAUUGAUUCUGUUGACAUUGACACUAAGAAACUGGAGCACUUGUUUGAGAACAAAACCACAGCAAAAAUUAAGAAGUGUGAAGGCGAAGACAAAGACAAGAAAAAGGAAAUAGUUGUUCUGGAAAUGAAGCGAUCUCAAGCCAUCAACAUUGGUUUGACCAAGCUACCUCCCAUCAGAGCUUUGAAGCAGGCUAUUUUAGGAAUGGACAGCGCUGUCAUUGACAGAGAAGGAAUUGAUAAAUUGCUGCAGUUGCAGCCAACACCAGAAGAGAAGACCAAGAUACAGGAAGCGCAAAUGUCAAACCCUGACGUGCCUCUUGGAACAGCCGAGCAGUUUCUACUCACAAUGUCAUCCAUUAACGAGCUGGCCCCUCGGCUUCAUCUGUGGUCCUUUAAACUUGACUAUGAUCAGCUGGAAAGGGAGGUAGCAGAACCCUUGAUGGACUUAAAGGAAUCAGUCCAAGAACUUCACAAUAACGAAACGUUUAAGCACAUCUUAGCUACACUGCUUGCCAUAGGAAACUUUUUAAAUGGGAAAAAGGUAAAGGGAUUUCAACUAGAUUACCUGGCUAAAGUACCGGAAGUGAAAGACACUGUCCAUAAGCAGUCGUUAUUGUAUCACUUGUGUUGUAUGGUGAUGGAGAAGUUUCCCAACUCGUCGGAUUUUUACAGUGAUUUGGGCGCCCUACAUCGCUGCUCCAGGGUGGACUUUGAUGUCGUGCUUGACAAUUUGAAGAAGUUGCGUGAAAACUGCAAGAAGUCUUGGGAAUAUUUAAGUAUUGUAGCCAAACAUGAUAGCACCAAACAACUGAAAAGCAAGAUGAGCGAGUUUUUAGCAGACGCACAGGAGCGAAGCACUAUCCUGAAAGUUGUACACAGACGAGUCAUUAACAGAUUCCACAAGAUGUUGUUGUAUUUAGGUCUGAGUUCAAGUGUAGCGAAGAACACAAAGGUCAACGAGUUCUGUAAGAUUAUCAGCGAGUUUUCAUUGGAAUACCGAACCACACGAGAACGAGUGAUUCAAAUGAAGAAAAAGCGAGAGAACUUGAGGGAACGAAGCAAGACGAGAGGAAAGCUGAUCACAGAAACGGAGUCCUACUCGGCAGCAGCCAAGGUGUCCGCAGAGGAAAACAUCGAGGCGUUCCGCAAAGCUCUGAUAUCCAAUGGAGACGAGGCGGAGAAUGCGAGAGAGAAGCUGAAGAGCGCCACACUACCAGGAACACGGAACAGAGUGAAGAGCGCUGGAACAUCACGCACUAACUCAGGAAUACAAACACUUGAUGAAUUCCAGGAUGACACCACAGAUGAAGUUAUCAACACAUUGGCAAAGUCAGCCACUGUACCGGACUCAAGAACACGACAGGGCCGGAAACGACCCAGAGCAUCCAAUAGGAAAUCAGCUCGAAGGACGCUAAAGAGCGGCAUUAGCCCUGAGGAUAUGGAAAAACUCACCAAACAGUAUUUGGACAAUAUCGAUAGCAAAUGACGCUAGUCAACUUAACUUAAUAUACAGAAUUUAUCCGUAAUUAUAUUUUAUACAAAGAAAUAGUUUUAUGUGAUAUUUUAUUGCAAAACAGUCUGUUGUGAACAGGGACUUUUGUGGGGUUGUUUUAUAGUGAAAGUGAAGGGCAAAAUUUGGAUGUCUGUACAUAAAUUGUAAUUUUAAGGACCUUUGUAUAGUUAACUUUCCUCGCGGCUUUUGAUAAGAAGAAAUAGUGGCACAUGUUGCGAUUGCCGCUGAAUUUUGUACUUUAUGAAAAUAGUAGAGAUAGAAGAUUUUUUUUUCCUCCUGUAAUAUAUUUUUGUCUCGUCUGGCAAGUUAGGUAAACCGUGAAACAGCUUAAAAUUUCUUAGUUCUCCGAAUACGAAACAAACAAGGUUUUCAUUGAAAGUCAGGUUUAGCUAACUGUUCGUGCUCAUGCGCAGUAGUGUAUGAAGUCUAUUAGCAAUUGGUGUUUAAUCUGAGUGUAACUUUGAUUCAGAUUUUUGUCCGUUGUAAACUGUGUUCGCUAUGAUGCAGAUGCAAUGAAUUUUGUAAAGAAUAGUAAAUGUAAAGCUUUGUUUUCUUCCGUUUUACCUGAAGGAACUUCAAAAACAAGUCUGUAAUUGAUUUCGUUUUUUCAUGCGAGCCUCGGUCCGUUUUCUGUUUUAUUUUCUCAAGCCUCGCUAUCGGGCCUACAAGCUGUUGACGGUUUGAAAUUGAAUUAGUGACGUAUUCACAUGCUGUAGCGAACAAGGUUUAUAACGAUCUACAUGCCCGAGGUAGACAUAGUAGACACUCUAAUUUGUUUAAAUGAAGGAUGUUAUGGUGAAUCUUCUUCUGAACAUUUACACUUCCUAGAAAACGGACGACGAGGAUUAUAAAAAUCAACCAGCAGCGAUUGUUAAAUUCUUAAAAGUAACAUCAGUGCCGAGAUCAUUAACAUUUUGAACGCUAAAAGGUUGAGCGCGAAAAUAAUUUGUUCCAGGCAAAAAGCUAUAAUUCGAAGUGGUCCGAAGACUCUCCGAUGUCGUCCGAAGAUUACCCGAAACCUACUUCAGUGCCAGUUGUUUCAAUUUAUCAGCCAGUACUGAUAUAUGGCUGGUUUUCCGCAAUCUUCUUUUGUUACCUUAAGUAUUAUCUCAAUAUCAGUUUACAAGCAGGUCUUGUAACUGAUCUAUUUGCUAAGUGUGAUAGUGAAUUAUCACGCUGCCACAUAAUGUGAAGAACAACGCCAUUUUCGUGUUGAUGUGUUUGCUUCUAUUUCAAAACGAGUCCUGAUUAACACCAUUCUGUUGAAAAUGAACUUGACUUGCACAUUCACUUCCUUCUGCAAACCAAACCACUUUUCAAACGAAAAUGUUCUCAGCAGGAAUUCUUAUAGAAACAGAAACAAAAGCAGCUGGAAAAUGGAUGAUUCAUGCUUCACGUUUGGAGAAUUACUUGGUAGAUAGAAAAUUAUGGGUACAUGAAGUACGUAAUAAGUCAUGAACUUUGUAAUGAUGAGGGAUGCUGGGUUGUUUUAUAAUGAUAACGAUCGAUUCUUUAUCAGGUUUUAUAGAUAAUAACGUCAGCUACUAUUCUAUAGCCAGUUGAUUGGCUGAUUAAAUAAUCUUGUUUCCUCUUGACAUUCUCUUUGGGUGUUCUUUAAUAAAGAGCAGAAGUUUGAAGCA